AUGGCCAUCCAUUGUAACCAGGAACUUGAAAUUGAGCCGACAGAAUGUAAGGGUUUCCAACGAUCGGACCUCUAUAAUCUGCAUGGUAGGGAUGAAACCAAGGGAUACUCGACCAAGUGGGAGGGAGGGAUACCCCCGAAAUCCCAGCUCACGCAUUCCUUGUGGAACCCCAUGGGCAGCAAAUCAGCAAUGCUUCUGAAAACAUUUCCGGUGGACAUUCCUGAUGCAAUCCUGCUUGGACCAAUGGACACUCAAGGGACUGAGGGCAACCUCGAUUCCCGGAAAUCAACCGUCUUAGUGGAGGCAGCGGAGGCUUACGCCACACUCUUAACGCCACAGUGGCGGUACAGUGUGGACACUGGACAGUGGACGGACCGUAGCAGUGGCUGGGAGGCGUGGAAGAGGAAAUCUCAGCCGAGCAUGUGGACGCCAGUGCAGCUGCGAAGCCCGAAUGAGGUUCGUGCCCGAGCAGUAACCGUGGUUCUGGGAGCUGAGAUUGAGAAUUGGAAUGGUGUUCGCAGUUCGACCUCACGAUCCAAAGUGCGAGCAUACCUAAUCCCGUGGUUCAUGGUACGGCCGAAAAAAACUUUCCCGGAAUCGCCGAGAUAA